AUGGCAACAGAAACGGGCGAGUUUCAUACUGCGCAGUAUCCGAUCGCGUAUGCGCCAAUCUCAAAUCCAGAGAGCAGUGCAGGGGAAGAAAAGGAGAAUCGGGACUUCAGCGGAGGGGAUCGGAAGCUCUGGACGCCAUUUUUCUUACGCCGUUCGGUCUUGGGGGGAUUUCUGGCACUUUUUGUUGCCAUACUCGCAUCCUUAGUGGCUUUGUUUGUCUAUACCGAGCGCCAGGGAAAGAGUUUGGGGAUAGAAACGCCGGGUGAAAGGUUCUAUUAUCUUUGGACCUAUGGACCCACAGCGAUAUUCAUGAUAUUAACCGCAGGAUGGACUCAAGUCGAAUAUCGUAGCAUGCAGAUGAUGCCAUGGGUGUUGAUGUUCAAAGGCCCAACACCGGCUGCAGAAAGCGUAUUUCUGGACUACAUGUCGCUUUUGAAUGUUGUUUCCCUAUACAGAUCACUCCGACAGAAGCAUUUCCUGGUCUUUUUGUGUGUCGCUGGUUCACUGCUGCUCAACGGCUUGAGUGUGAUAUCGACAGGUUUAUUCGAGCUUGACAACAGACAAAUUCCACGGGCCGCGGAUUUCACAGUCACUCAUCAGUUCGACGCCUCCAACUGGAAUCCAUUAGCCUCCGAUGCUUUACCCUUCGUCGCUUGUCUAGGUUAUACGGGCCAAAACUUGACACCUCCUAUUGGUGUCCAUGACUCCUACAUAUAUUCCCCUUUUCAGCCCGUCGAUCCAUUGAUGAGCGACUCUUCGAAGCUCGAAGCAAAUAACGAAUAUGAAGUUGAUCUUGACAUCUUCGACAUGGACCUACAUUGUGAGCCAACUAGGAGAACCGUGAAUACGACCGCUCGAACCGAGGACCAAAUGGACGGCGGAACCAUUAAGGGAGAAGAUAUAUUCGAUUCUGAGGACGGUUGUCGGAUGACCACAAUUCCGGAUGUCUUCGAUAGCACCGAGGCACCUGAUGUUUCAUACGAAUUUGAUUGGCGUCUCUGGGCAAUGAUUUCUCCAAGGAUGCUAAAGGAUGAUGAAGAUAUGCAUGACACUGCGUGGCAGGAUAUCGACGUCACAACAAUUGCCUGCAAAAUGUAUUAUCACAUGUCGCAUGGCAAAGUGACCAUUUGGCGAGAGCCCGGAAGUAACACAAUCUCCUCUUCGAUCAAAAGCAAAGAAUUACCUCCUUCGAAGAGUCUCACAAACGUUACAGGCAAUAAACUCCUGUUUGCCGUUGACCAGGCAUUAACUGUCGGAUCGACUAACUUCAGACUUGCAUCUGGAGAGCAAAGCGUUUUCGCAUCUGAAAAGUCACUGGACGAGCUACGCAAGUCACCUACCGCCUUCACACAAGCCAUCAAAGAUUCAUACCCAUACCGAGUCCGCGGCAUCAAGAGAGCGGCCGAGCCGCGAUUGUUUGUCCGUCCGCUCUCUUUCUGGCUCAUGGCUGCUUUGAUGGGUACUUUGAUCUUUGCCGUGAUCUUGCUUCUACUAUUCCAGCUCCCGGUCUCGGUUUGCCCACGAGACACCAGUUCGAUAGCCGGGCUUUCCACUGUCUUUGCACAGAGCCCCGAGCUUAUGGCUAUUUUUAAAGGCACGGCCUUGAAGCCGAUAGAGUCCAUGGAGAAAUCGCACUUGCAAACAACUCAAUUCUCAAUCCAAAUGGAACAUGACGGAGCAUACCGGCUUGUGCCUGGUAGUGAGGAGCCUAUCCAGGAUAAACCCAUCAAACCCAAGGUCUCAACUGAAGACGAGCAAAUCUUCUGGUGGCGUCCUCUUUCAUCCACUUUGUAUAUCCAGCUUCCAGCCGUGAUUGCUCCCUUGGGAGUAAUAGCUGCAUUGGAGGUAGUGUAUCACAUCUCCCAGAGCUCCCACGGAAUCACGUUGGUGGAGGGGAAGUCGGACUAUAUUCACUAUAUUUGGACCUAUAUUCCUGCCCUGAUCAUGUUUACAGUCCGCUGUCUCUUCCAGUCGGUUGAGUUUGGCGCUCGAAUCCUCCAGCCUUACGUCGAGCUUCGAAAGGGGAGUGCUCCACCCGAGACUAGCAUCUUCGAGAAUCAGCUACGCAAAAUUGCGGCUUUUGGCGUCGUGGACGCGCUUCGAAAACGACAAUGGGCAUUAGCAGGGGCGACCUUGACGUUGCUUCUGGCAGCAGCCACUCCCAUUGUUGUCGCCGGUCUUUAUACAAACUUGUCAUAUCCUCAGUGGACGUACAGAGAUCUUGCCUUUCCUCAGGUUCUUCUCAAUGGCACUCAGAACGCGACCCAGGAUAGGAACCCAAACGCUACCAGCCAGCAUGGGUUUGUGACCGCCCGACUUCCUGCAGUGCGACCACGGUUGAGCUGCUUGGAAGACAAAAGUCUCAAUUGCACGAAAGAUUCUACAGACGAAUAUGACUGUUCAGCAGAUUCAUGCUUCUCGCAGGAUGACUAUUUCAGAGGGAACUUCAUGCUUGGAUAUGGCGGAGGAGGCGGGCAUGGUGUUGAUCUGCCAUCCACGAGUUGUCCCACUUACUAUAUUUUGUACGGUGGAGACGAUCCUCGCCAUCAUCUGAUUGCUUGUAACGCAUCUAUCGAGACAGUGGAUGUUGACGUUCGGUUUGAAGUCCCGUCUUUCUCACUAGAUCCCGAUUUCGAGCCCAGAGUCGUUCAUGGAUCGGCCAAAGAAACCUUCCGGACGAGCAUUUCCACAUGGCCAGAAUUUGACCGGUUUAAGAAUUACCUUGCCAAAGCGCCUCUGGCAAUGGGAGACUUGCCAGACCAGUCACUCUCAAGCUUCGUGAUGGAAGCAAUGGUUAAUGGCACAGGUGGCGUUCCCUUUGAAGAGCUCUGGAACCCAGCCACAUUUAUAUCCCGUUUUAGUGACAUCUGGAGCAUCAGUGUGACCCAGAUCAUCAAUACCGCGGCACGUCAGUCGUUUGAGGGAGUGCCAAAUCCAACAGAUUCGGUAUGGCCUAACACAACACAUGCACCCGUUCACCAGGCCAUCUACCACGACGGCCGGUCGAAUGGUCAUAUGCGCUCUGAUUUCUAUGACAUGCAUGCGGACGAAACGGACGUUGCCAAAGAACCCUAA